AUGGCAGAUAAGUAUACGGGCCUUCCUGGUAUAGAUAUUGAAUCUGCAGAGGUAUUUGAAACAUCUGACAUAGAUAGUGAUGUCGAUAUCGACGCCUAUACUGAUGUAGAUGCGUCAGAAAAAAAUGCUGAUAUUGAAGAGCCAGAAAUAGAUUCAAGUGAAGCCAGAAGUAGAUUCUCUAAUGACGUGCUUGUUGGAGAUAUAAAUAUGGUGGACUUUCUGGGUAGUAUUACCAACUCCAGUCUUACAAGAACAGGGUACCAAGUGAACCAAGUGGAUGAAACAGUGGACCAAAGACUUUCAAGAAUCGCGAGAGAACUAGAGGAAAUCAAAAUCUUGCAGCUGAAUGAUUCAUCGAAUACAAAAACGUCUGAUUGUAAUAAGCUAGUGCAGACUUUGGAAAGCUUGGCUAAAGAACCACUACUGUCACCGGUUAAUGAUCUAAAUCAAUAUAAUCAUAGGAUUAAGCAAGUUUUUGACGAGGCAUCCGCCAGACUCGAAACCACCGGUACUGAUGGCCUUAAGACACUUCAAAAACCUCCAUUGGUUGAUACUUCCCAAGUAUUGGCAUUGGAGUCCAGAUUAAAUGCCAUUGAGUCGGUUUUAGGCCCAGAUGGAACCACAAACAUCCAAUCACAGGCAGAAUCCAAGCCUACAAUCCAGAACUGGCUCAACGAAUUGACCCGCAAAUUAAACGUAGUCCACAACCCCGAGUACCAGUUAGACACCGUUAAAAAAGAAGUGGCUCUGUUAACCAAGCAAAUCGAGACGCUAGCUUCACAUAAGAGGUUCCUUGACUUAUCGCACCUGGCUCCUACCAACCCUCCACCCCAACCAGAUUCCAGCCAUAAGCAGAUAAAUUCAAAAAUUGAAGAUCUACACGAAAAAUUACCCUUUUUCAAUCACGUCAAUGCUACAGUCCCAUUGAUUGUUACAAGGUUAAAAAGCUUACACACCGUCCAUGCUGAUCUAGCCAACACAGUUCAAACGGUUCACGAAUUGGAUCUGAUUCUCAAUGAUAUCAAAAGUGACAUGAAAAAAUGGAACGAUUCUAUCGACGUCGUAAAUGCAAACAUAGACGAUCAUGACAAACAGUACCAAUCUAACAAAGAACACAUUAAUCUGCUUUUAAAAGAUCUCAAUGAUAAAGUAUCUAGCAUGAGCCAGUAA